AUGGGAUCACUCAUCCCUUGGGCCCCUGAGAAGGGGCCACCCACCGCCGGGGGCCCCCACCGCCGGGGGCCACCCACCGCCGGGGCCACCCACCGCCGGGGGCCACCCACCGCCGGGGGCCACCCACCGCCGGGGGCCACCCACCGCCGGGGCCACCCACCGCCGGGGGCCACCCCCCGCCGGGGGCCACCCCCCACCGCCGGGGGCCACCCACCGCCGGGGGCCACCCACGCCGGGGGCCACCCACCGCCGUGGGCCCCCCACCGCCGGGGGCCACCCACCGCCGGGGGCCACCCACCGCCGGGGGCCACCCACCGCCGGGGGCCACCCACCGCCGGGGGCCACCCACCGCCGGGGGCCACCCACCGCCGGGGGCCACCCACCGCCGGGGCCACCCCACCGCCGGGGCCCACCCCACCGCCGGGGCCACCCACCGCCGGGGGCCACCCACCGCCGGGGGCCACCCCCCGCCGGGGGCCACCCACCGCCGGGGGCCACCCACCGCCGGGGGCCACCCACCGCCGGGGGCCACCCACCGCCGGGGGCCACCCACCGCCGGGGGCCACCCACCGCCGGGGGCCACCCACCGCCGGGGGCCACCCACCGCCGGGGGCCACCCACCGCCAGGGGCCACCCACCGCCAGGGGCCACCCACCACCAGGGGCCACCCACCACCAGGGGCCACAGCUCCUAGGGACACCUGACACCACCUGUCAGUGGACCACUUGA